AUGAAUACAACAAUUAUUGAUAUGAUAAUGGCAUGUGCUUCAGUUCAUGUAUAUAAUUCUCUUGAACCAUUAUCAGAAUUAUAUGAAAAUUUAGAAUACAGUAACUUAGAAAAUUCAAAUCCACAAAUUGAUAUUAUAUUAGAAAAUGUAAAUGGAUCUGACGACAUUAAAAUUGAACAUGAAAAAAUUGAUUUAUUUUGUAAUACAGAUAUUAAAGUUUUCCCUGACGGACAAAAUAACGAUAAAAGUGAGGAAAAUUUAUUUUUUGAACCAUCAACAAACUUAUCAAUUUCUGAUAUAGAAAACUGUUUUAAUUCGAAUCAUAUUGAUCAUGAAGAAAAUGUUAUAAGUGAAGAAAAUAUUGUUGAAAAUGAUGGAAAAACUCCCACUGUUACGAACGAAGAAAAUAAUUUUUUAUGUACGAUAUGCGGUGAAAAAUUUAAUAUUUUAACUACAUUAAAAAAUCAUUUACGCUCACAUAACGAUGUUAAAUAUUGUUUAUGCAACGAAUGUGGAAAAUGUUUUAAGCGUAGCUCAGAUUUACGGCGACAUAUGCGUAUUCACACUGGAGAAACACCCUUCCAUUGUUUAAUAUGUAAUAAAGGUUUCAAACAAAAGUUUCAUUUAUCCGAACAUGAACGAUCACAUGAAAAGAAAGAAACGUACAAUUGUACUGUAUGUGAUAAAAAAUUCACACGUUAUGGUACGUUACGUAUACAUAUGCGCACACAUACAAAAUUAAAACCAUACGCAUGUACAAUAUGCGAAAAACGGUUCGCCGGAUCCGAUAUAUUAAAUAAACAUUUAAAAACACAUACCGGAGAAAAACCUCACAAAUGUGAUUACUGUUCAAAACAGUUUACACAUGUCGAUCAAUUACAAACGCAUUUACGUAUUCAUACGGGGGAAAAACCGUAUAAAUGUAGUGAAUGCGAUAAAUCUUUUACGCAAUAUAAUGGAUUGAGCACACAUAUGAUGACACAUACCGGGGAAAAACCAUUUUUAUGUAGUGAAUGCGGAAAACGUUUUACACGUGCGGACGAUUUAAAGAAACAUAUUCGAAUACAUACCAAAGAGCGUCCGUAUGUUUGUAGUAUAUGUUCACGUGGUUUUUCACAAUCAUUCCAUUUAUCCGAACAUAAACGUAUUCAUGGCAAUGAGAAACCAUUUAGUUGUGAUAUAUGCGGGAAAAAAUUUCGACGAAAUGGUACGUUAAAAAUUCAUAUACGAACUCAACAUACUGAAAAUGGUACACGAAAAUUAAUACCAUGCACGUUGUGCGAUAAACAAUUUACCGUUGCACAUUCGUUAAAUAAACAUAUGCUGUUGCAUACAGGGGAACGACCGUACGUUUGUGUUGUUUGUAGUAAAACAUUUGUCCAAGCUAUACAUUUAGAAAUACAUAAGAGAACGCAUUCGGGGGAGAAACCAUAUGUAUGUAAUAUUUGUGGAAAAGGUUUUGGUUCAUCGUCUCGAUUAACUGUACAUUGUCGAACGCAUACGGGGGAAAGACCGUAUAAGUGUACGUUAUGUAGUCGAGGAUGUACAACGUCUACGGCACUUAAAGUACAUAUGCGUAUUCAUACCGGCGAAACACCGUAUUCAUGUGUAAAGUGUAACAAAGCAUUUUCUAGAUCUGAUUUGUUGAGUGCACAUAAACGGAAUUAUGGACAUUAA